UCAAGGUGUUAAGACUGUACCUCAGUUAAGAAAAAUUUUAUUAAAAUAAAAUAAAACAAAACAAUACGUAAAAUAUAAUGGAACGUUGGGAAAAUAAAGUGGCUGUUGUAACUGGAGCUAGCUCGGGCAUUGGUGCUGCCAUUGUCAAAGAUCUCAUUAAUAGUGGUUUACAAGUUGUGGGUCUGGCUAGACGUGUAGAGCGUGUUGAAGAAAUUAAGGCACAAUUGCCAGUUAAACUACAAUCGAAAUUAACUGCCCUUAAAUGUGAUGUUUCCAAUUUGAAAUCGGUUAAUGAGGCUUUCGAUAAAAUCAUCUCACACUUUGGUGGUGUUGACAUUUUAAUCAAUAAUGCUGGUUGCAUUAAGAACGGACAACUAUGCACCGCUAAUGUCGAUGACAUUCAACAGGUGCUACAAACAAAUGUCAUGGGAGUUGUGUAUUGUACCCAACGUGCUUUCAAAUCCAUGAAGGAGCGUAAUUUUGAUGGUCAUGUGGUUUUAAUUAACAGUAUUGCCGGUCAUAAUGUCAUUGCUCUAGGCAAUCAAGCACCCGAUGGUAACAUGUAUUCACCUAGUAAAUUUGCCAUCACUGCUAUAACAGAGAUUUAUAGACAAGAGUUUAAGGGUUUGGGCACUAAGAUUAAAGUUACGAGCGUUAGUCCCGGUGCUGUUGACACUGAAAUUGUACCUGAUAAUAUUAAGGAAUUACUGGGUGAAACCUUACUAAAAGCUGAAGAUAUUUCUCAAGGUGUUUUGUAUGCCAUUUCUACACCACCUCAUGUUCAAAUCCAUGAAAUGACUAUUAAGCCAGUCGGUGAAAUGUUUUGAGUGAAUUUAGUUAAAUUGUAUUACAGACUUUUUUAUAGUUAUUAAUUUAUUUCCUACAUCUUAC